UAGUUAUAAAAAUCUUUGGUUUAAGUGCCUGCAAAAAUAUGGCAUUAUUAUUCCUCUCUCUAGAUCGUCCACUUCCGGAAACACCAGGAUGUUCUUCUGUCCAGGAAAAGCGUGAAAACAUCUACAACCUGUGCGAACAACGCAACGUGUAACUAUUUAUGAAUUUAUAGGCGUUACAGUUAAUCAGCGAGAUGAUUUGGAGUGUACGGUAGCUGUUUACAUUUCCCUUAUCCUCGCUCUUUGGUCACGUUUGUGUAUGUUGCACUAACUCGCUGUAUUAUUGAAGCUUGUUUGCUGCGUCACAAUCGCUGCCUGGAUUGGUGACAGGAGGCCCUGGAGAAGGAGUGGCCUGAGGUCAAGCCCUAAAGCCCCAGAGCCUGGUCAUGAUGGACCAUAAGAGAGCUCUAACCAUUUCACUGGCCGUUGACAAGGUGGAUAACUCUCAAAUGGGAAGUCCACUAAAAAUUCCCAAGACCCUUCUUUCUUCAGAGUUGAGAUGUGGGAAUGAAGAGUCACAGAUUCACUGGACCCAGAUCGCUGGAAACAGAAUCAAACUCCAAAAGUCUUGUCAGCAGAAUGGAUCCAUCUCUAUGGAUCACGGCCAAGCGGCAUUAGGCCAAGCGGCAAUGGACUGCACGCAGCUCCAGUUGGUUCUCACGGACGUCCUGAAGACGGAGCAGGGGCAGGCCUACCUGGACAGGAAGAUGCGUGGCAAGAUGACAGGAAUUGGAGAGAGGAAGAGAGAGUCACGGAUGGGGAGCGGGCAAAGGAGGGUGUCUCAGAGCAGCAGAGAGGGGAGGGAGGAUUGUAGAGAUUUUACAGCACACAGAACGAGACCCCAUGACCACCCCACUCCCACCUCGACCCCGAUCCGCAAGGAGAGGAGGUCAUACCACAGUUGGGGAUCAGAGGAAGACGAGGAGGUGAAGGAACUUUUAAUAGGAGAGGAAAACAUCAAGGACCAGAGAUGCAACAGUAGUGUGUCAGGGAGGCACAGUUCACGGGAACCCCUGGAGGAGGUGACCUUUACUGAGGGGGACAUGCACCAGGAAAAGCCUUACCCACAAUCCACCAGGACUAGGAAGGCAGAGUCAGGUUCACGCGAAUCCACACAUGUUGAGAGGGAGAGUCGGAGGAGGGAGUCUGGGCUCUACAGUAAUGGACAGGUGAAGGCUGGAGGGAUGAAGGAUGGAGUGGCGGAGGGCUUGACCACAGACGCCUCCAGGAGCUCCAGAGGGAGCGUGCUGCGCCUCUCCAGAGAUGCCAGAGGCGAGGGAGGACUGCCCCCCAAACAGCUGUGUCUGGAGGGGAUGAGGGGCAUAGACACUAAUGUAGCAUCCAUAGAAGUAGAGGUGGACCCCUCAAACUUUGACGGGACCCUGAUGGUAGUCACUGUGGGGGAAGACAGGGAAGUUGCCAGCCCCUCUAACACCAGCUGUGGAGGGGUUAAGGAGAGGAGAGGAACCCUGAGGCUGGGCAUGUCCUCCAGCCAGGAUAGGACGCCCAAACUCAGUCCUGUUGAACCCAUCGUUCUCUCCAGUGAUGAGGAGGUAGUCACCCCGUCCCACAGUUCAGUCCUUUGGCCACAGACUAGUGAGUCGGAGUCCCAGAGAAACCAUGCUCAGGAAGACAACGUGGUGGAAGAGACGGACUUUCAGGUGAUGCCUGUGGUGGUGACAGGGUUUGGGGUGGCCAAUUUCCCCAGCACUGAGGACUCUGAGGGUAUGGCCCUAACCUUCUCUGCCCUGCACUGUGGGGGGGUCCGAGGGGAGGCCAGCGGAAACCUCAUGAUCACAAACCACAGAAUCAUCAUACCAAUUAAAGGCCAGGUAGAGGUGAUGGUGACUGUGGAGCGCUGUCAGUUGUGGAAGUACAGCGUCUGGGACAGGGAGGAGCUACAGGAGAGAGGGCUGGGGUGGGAGGUCAAGGGAGAGAUGGGGCAGCCUCCCCCCGCCCUCCUCCUCCUCUACGUUUCAGACGCCCAGGCAGUCGCCGUCCAAGAAGACCUGAGGGAGCUGUCAAUCAAACAGGCCUUAGAACCACCCACUGGACCGGCCAGCCCCUUCCUCCUGCUGACUCUGCAUGCCCCUCUAGAGGGGGUGGAGGGGGCUUUACUUCGCUCCAUCCUCGACAUCAUCUGUCUCAACAACGCCCAGCGCGUCGACGCUGCGUGUCUCUGGGGGAACGCUCCCAUCAACGGGGCGGUGGACCUCCACAGUCCUCUCCUGUCAUUGGAUGACAGUCUGGCGCUGAUCGGUAGAACCGGACUGGACCACCAGCUGCUCUCCCUACUGGGACAGAACAAUGCCGAGCCUGUCACAGAACCCGACCAGGACAGAGACACACCCGGGCCAAAUCUGGACGCUGUGGAGAGAGAGUCACAGACACCACCAGAGACAGAGGUACAGGCAGAGGUACAGGCAGAGGUACAGGCAGAGGUACAGGCAGAGGUACAGGCAGAGGAGGAGGAGCAGAGGGAAGCAGAGAGCGUACCCCUCGCUGAGGAGAGUCCAGUCCAGCCCAGACCCGUGUACACAGUGUGUCACAGCAGAACCAGAGGCUCCUACUCUGUGUCCCUGGGCCCGAAGCCAGGCUCCAACUGGACCCGAUACAAGCACCAGGGUCCCACACGCAGGUUGAUCCAGUUUCCUCCACCGCCUUCCAAAGGAGGGAUCACCGUGACAACAGAAGAUCUGGAGUGCCUUGACAACGGCCAGUUUCUGAAUGAUGUCAUCAUCGACUUCUACCUCAAGUAUCUGCUUCUGGAGAGGGUUCCGCAGGAUGUGGCUGAUCGCUCUCACUUCUUCAGCAGCUUCUUCUACAAGCAGCUCACUCGCCGAGACAAUGCCAGUGAGGACAGUACCAGCGUCUCAGCGCAGCGGAGGCGGCAUCAGCGGGUGAAGACGUGGACACGACAUGUGGACAUCUUCAAGAAAGAUUUCCUGUUUGUGCCUGUCAAUCAAGAAGCCCACUGGUACCUGGUGGUGAUCUGCUUCCCUGGCCUGGAGCAGCCCCAGUGUGAGGAGGGGAGCAGCCCAGCCUCGCUGAGGGGAACAGGGGGAGAGAAGCCAGACGAGGCCCAGGCUGAAGAGGAGGCCUCUGGGUACAAAAAGCUAAAUGGCAUCAGUGAAGUCACCCCUGAAUCAACUAGCACUGACAACCAGGACAAACGGACAGUUACAGUUUCAGAUGGUGUGGUACAGAGUGACUCAGUACUCCAGCCACCUCCUGGUCCUCUGGACUGCACUGAGAAGACCUGUCACAGAGAGACCAUCUGUAAACGACCCUGUAUUCUCCUCAUGGACUCCGUCAAGUUCUCCCUCCAUGAGCGCGUCUUCAAACUCUUACGGGAGUACCUGCAGUCGGAGUGGGAGCUGCGUCGGGGCUCUGUGCGCGAGUUUAGUUCUGAGCAGAUGCAAGGCUCUCACUGUAAGGUCCCCCUACAGGACAACAGCAGCGACUGCGGCCUCUACCUGCUGCAGUACGUCGAGAGCUUCCUGCAGGACCCUGUGGUGCACUUUGAACUCCCCCUGUGCCUAGAACGCUGGUUCCCACGGCAACAGGUGAGGAGGAAACGAGACGAGAUCAGGGACCUGGUGCUACACCUGUACAGACACCAGAGGGGCACGGUGGGGAGUAUAGGAAAUAUGGGAAAUUUAGUCAGUUAGGGCAUGGUGGGUAGUAUUAUGACUGUGACGAUACCAGUAUCCCAAUAUUUUUUCCAUGGCAAAAAUGAAAACACGAAGCAGACCAAACACUUUGGACCUUUAAAAACCUGCUGUAUGUAAAAUAUUGUGUUCUAUAUCUUGGAAAAUGAAUAAAUGUGACUCUGGGUGACAACAUAAUGAUGUUUGUUUCCAACAUUGGGGCUGUUUUCCUAAAGAAGUUAAAUCUGCUUCGUGUUUUGUUUCUUUGACACGAUACUAACGAGUGUCACGAUACUGGUAUUAUCCUGGCCCUAGGUAGUAUAGGAAACAUGGGAAAUGUAGUCGGGCACGGUAAGCACCUUGGCUGCAUUCCAAACACUUAACAGACACACCCUCUCCCCUCAGCCCUCAAAUUAAGUGGACACUUCUGAUGGCGUGUCAUGACGUCUGGCGAGUUUACACUUGCAGGCAAGGGUCGAGGGAGGGAGGAAGGAAUGAAUUUUAAGUGGACUGCCCUUGCCCGAAAAUUCGUCACUCGUUUGUCCCACAACAAUUGUGUUUUCAGCCACCGGUGGCUUGUGGGUGCUUUUAUAUGAGCUACAGUCAAUUAUGAUUUUAUGUCUACUUAUAUUAACUAUAUAAUUAUUAAUAUACGCCUACUGUAUGAUAGCUAGCAAACUAAUUAGCAAACUAAGGUUAGCCUGUCUUGCUGGGACUUCUGAAGAAAGAAAAUGUUCUAUUUCUACAAUUUCCAAAAGAUAACCAAACAAAAACAGAUGUACUUUUACUAGACGUGUUUGUGCCAUCAUGUGCAUUAGUAGCACCAUUUCUAACUUAUUUACAUUCGUUUUUACUUACACUUGUAUGUUGACUUCUCCAUAUUGACGUUGAGGUUUUAAGUUUUGGCUGACUUUUCUUAGCGGAUGUGCAAUCAUCGCAAAUUUAAUUAUGGGGCGUUACAGGCCCGAAGUGAACAUAAUUGUACACUUGCAAACUCAAUUAAAAACGAGGGCUUACGUUUUGAACUUCCCUUGCUUGGCUAAUCGUUUGGGCCGAAGGCCAAGAAGGUGACGGGGAUUCCCCCGAGGGCAUAAGGCAAGGGUAAGUGGAGGAGGGUGUUUCUUUUAUGAGUUUGAAACGCAGCACUUGAGAUUCUGCUCAUGCUGAGCAACCAGUAAAUUUACAUUUCAGCCUGAUACAUUAAAAUAUUAUUUAAGCUUUUAUAGUUGUAUCACUGGCCAGCUGGGCCAUUCAAAUUACAUGCAGAUGUCUCAUGUCAACCUGUAAUUUGUCACUAACGUCAAAGGCUGUUGCAUUAAUGAUUUAAAUCUCUCCUAGGAUGAAUAUGAAGGACUUUCUGCAGUAGCUGUAGAGUGUCUGCUAAAUAUGAAGGACUUUCUGCAGUAGCUGUAGAGUGUCUGCUAAAUAUGAAGGACUUUCUGCAGUAGCUGUAGAGUGUCUGCUAAAUAUGAAGGACUUUCUGCAGUAGCUGUAGAGUGUCUGCUAAAUAUGAAGGACUUUCUGCAGUAGCUGUAGAGUGUCUGCUAAAUAUGAAGGACUUUCUGCAGUAGCUGUAGAGUGUCUGCUAAAUAUGAAGGACUUUCUGCAGUAGCUGUAGAGUGUCUGCUAAAUAUGAAGGACUUUCUGCAGUAGCUGUAGUGUCUGCUAAAUAUGAAGGACUUUCUGCAGUAGCUGUAGAGUGUCUGCUAAAUAUGAAGGACUUUCUGCAGUAGCUGUAGAGUGUCUGCUAAAUAUGAAGGACUUUCUGCAGUAGCUGUAGAGUGUCUGCUAAAUAUGAAGGACUUUCUGCAGUAGCUGUAGAGUGUCUGCUAAAUAUGAAGGACUUUCUGCAGUAGCUGUAGAGUGUCUGCUAAAUAUGAAGGACUUUCUGCAGUAGCUGUAGAGUGUCUGCUAAAUAUGAAGGACUUUCUGCAGUAGCUGUAGAGUGUCUGCUAAAUAUGAAGGACUUUCUGCAGUAGCUGUAGAGUGUCUGCUAAAUAUGAAGGACUUUCUGCAGUAGCUGUAGAGUGUCUGCUAAAUAUGAAGGACUUUCUGCAGUAGCUGUAGAGUGUCUGCUAAAUAUGAAGGACUUUCUGCAGUAGCUGUAGAGUGUCUGCUAAAUAUGAAGGACUUUCUGCAGUAGCUGUAGAGUGUCUGCUUCGGUGCUUCUUUUAAGCAGAGGCAUUAAAGGGGCCUUCCACUGAAAUUCAACAGUUUAACAGGUUCUUCUUUACUGUUUCAGUGGAACGUCUCUUUAAAAAGUCUGUCCCCUCUGCACCUUAUAGAUAGGCCCUACAUCCCACCACUAUAGCCUCGUUUAACAUGAGAUCAGACUGAGUCUCGCAUUUAUUAUUUUACCCGUGUUUUACUAUUUAUUUGUCCCCUAGGUGAUUUUAUUGUAACUUAUGUCAGUUAGAUUUUUACGUGUGGAUUUUGUUUCUAAAAUGUACGUUUUGAUAACUGUGUUUUGAAUAUAAAAUGUAAUAAAUACAUUUGUAGACUGAA